CGACUGCCCACAAUCCCUUACCCUGUCACUACCACUGCCACUUCCAUCCUAAUUCCUCUCCUAAACCCUCUGCCGCCGCCCGCCGCCCGCCGCCAUGCAGUCGUCUUUCUUAGUAUCUCAGCCACUAUCCGCCUUCUCUCUCAAAACCCAUUCUCCACCAUCUUCAGCUCGCCCCAGAGCAACCCCCUCGUUCACUAUCCGUGCCUCCACCACCACCAUAGAAACCGCCGCCCCACAACCACCGUCAGCGACCACCCAAAAACUCAACAAGUACAGUUCAAGAAUCACGGAGCCCAAGUCACAGGGCGGCUCCCAGGCGAUUCUCUAUGGCGUGGGUCUAUCAGAUGAGGACAUGCACAAACCCCAAGUGGGGAUUUCGUCGGUUUGGUAUGAAGGGAACACUUGCAAUAUGCAUUUGCUGAAGCUUGCGGAGGCUGUUAAGGAAGGUGUUAAGGAGGCUGGAAUGGUGGGGUUUAGAUUUAACACAAUCGGUGUGAGUGAUGCUAUUUCGAUGGGAACUAGAGGGAUGUGUUAUAGUUUGCAGUCAAGAGACUUGAUUGCUGAUAGCAUUGAGACUGUCAUGGCUGCUCAGUGGUAUGAUGGCAACAUUUCCAUUCCGGGUUGCGACAAAAAUAUGCCAGGCACAAUAAUGGCUAUGGGACGACUGAACCGGCCAAGUAUUAUGGUUUACGGUGGAACAAUUAAGCCUGGUCAUUUUCAAGGUCACACAUAUGACAUAGUAUCUGCCUUCCAGGUUUAUGGGGAGUAUGUGAGUGGUUCAGUAAAUGAUGAACAAAGGAUGAAUGUAGUUCGUAAUUCAUGCCCUGGAGCCGGGGCAUGCGGUGGAAUGUAUACGGCAAAUACAAUGGCUUCAGCUAUUGAAACAAUGGGAAUGACUCUUCCUUACAGUUCUUCAACCCCUGCUGAAGAUCCUCUCAAAUUGGAUGAAUGCCGCCUUGCCGGGAAAUAUCUGCUAGAUUUGAUUAAAAUGGACUUGAAACCACGGGACAUCAUCACUCCGAAAGCCCUACGUAAUGCAAUGGUCAUGGUCAUGGCACUUGGUGGAUCUACCAAUGCAGUUUUACAUUUAAUUGCGAUUGCUAGGUCCGUUGGUCUGCAGUUAACUCUUGAUGAUUUCCAAAAGGUCAGCGAUGAGGUACCUUUCCUUGCAGAUCUUAAACCUAGUGGAAAGUAUGUGAUGGAGGAUGUACACAAGAUUGGAGGUACUCCUGCAAUCAUUCGCCAUUUGUUGGAGCUUGGGUUUUUAGAUGGAGAUUGUAUUACAGUUACGGGACAAACUUUGGCUGAAAACGCGAAGUUAUAUCCAUCGCUGCCGGAAGGUCAGCAAAUAAUUAGACCCUUGACAAACCCAAUCAAAGAAACCGGUCACAUUCAGAUAUUAUACGGCAACCUAGCACCUGAAGGUUCUGUUGCAAAGAUCACAGGGAAAGAAGGGUUAUACUUCUCAGGCCCUGCACUUGUAUUUGAAGGAGAGGAAUCUAUGAUUGCAGCUAUCUCUGAAAACCCAACGAGUUUUAAGGGAAAAGUAGUCGUUAUUAGAGGAGAGGGGCCCAAAGGGGGACCAGGUAUGCCUGAAAUGCUGACCCCAACAAGUGCAAUAAUGGGGGCCGGGCUUGGCAAGGAAGUUGCGCUGCUAACAGAUGGAAGGUUUUCUGGAGGUUCACAUGGAUAUGUGGUCGGCCACAUCUGCCCUGAGGCACAGGAAGGGGGUCCACUUGGUCUGAUCGAGAAUGGGGACAUUAUUACCAUAGAUAUUCAAAAGAGGAGAAUGGACGUAAAUCUAACUGACGCAGAGCUGAACGAGCGCAGAAAGCGGUGGAUGCCACCACCUUACAAGGCUGAGCGAGGAGUUCUUUACAAGUAUAUUAAGAGCGUGCAGUCGGCCUCAAAUGGAUGUGUUACUGAUGAAUAAAAGAGAGGCAGCUUCCAUUGAAAGGCAUAUAGAGACCAGUUGAGGCUGUUUACAAUUACUCAGAUUCACUCUAAUUUUUUGUAUUAGGACCGAUCGGUUUUGUUUAGCUUUAUGAUUUUUCUCUUUAUGGGGUUCGAUUCUUUUUGCUUGUUGUAAGCUUUAGUUGCUUCUUGAUCAGCCAUUUCUAUCGAACUGUCUAUGAAGCGAAGUUCUAUCUACGUGCACAUCAUUACGUUACUGCAUUUGCAGUUUGUUGCCAGAAGCUUAAGGUAAAUUUUAGAGAUUUUGGUGGAA